AGAGGGAAUUACCUCGCCGCGUCUGCGCAGUGCUGACAAAACAGGACAGGAAGAAGUAUUUUUCCUCCUUUCGUUCUCAUUCUGUUGUUUCGGAGCGGAAGAGGUGGUGUUGUCGAGCACUGAGCCGUUUGCUAAUUUAAAAAACACUUAAACACGAAACCAUGUCUGAUGAAGGAAAACUUUUUGUUGGUGGGCUGAGCUUUGACACAGAUGAACAAUCAUUGGAGCAGUUAUUUUCCAAGUAUGGUGAAGUUCGUGAUGUCCUUGUGAUCAAAGAUAAAGACACACACAAAUCUAGAGGGUUUGGUUUUAUUACUUUUGAAAAUCCUGAUGAUGCAAGGGACGCCAUGGCCAUGAAUGGAAAGUCAGUUGAUGGUCGGCAAAUUCGUGUAGACCAAGCAGGAAAAGGCUCUGGAGGUAGAGGACGUAGUUACCAAGGUGGUCAGUCACGAAGUUAUGGAUUCCGUGGUGGGAGAAGUAGCCGUGGAUUUUACAGAGAUGGUGACAGAAGUGGACGAAACAGUUACGGAAAUGACUAUUAUAGGAGCUCAGGCAUGUAUAGCUAUAACAGUUCAGCUGGAAGGUCUUACCGAGAUGACUACGACAGUUAUGAAUAAAAAAAACCUCUGAAGAAAGAUGACAGUCGUGUUUUAAUUUUGGAAGAGACUUCAGUCACGAUAAAUGAAAACUGGCCCAUAUGCUGGGAAGAAAGAAGAAAAUUUGGAAAAAAUAAUUAGUUGUAGUUAAUAUCUGUUUGGGUAACGAAGACUUCAUUAGAACUGUGUUCAGUAUAGUUUUUGUUUUCCUCCAAUUAUAAACCGAACUUGAUUAUAAAACUAUUGUAUUCAUUAAAUUGUGAAGUCCUCUCUAGUUUGCAAGAAAAACAAAACUUGGUACAUAUCUUAUGACCUAAGUUUGUGUACACUUUGGAUAUUACAAUUUUUUUCCUCCUGUUACCUCAGUUCCUCUCCUGAUAUAUUCAUUGUACUACCUAAUCUCAUUUGACUUCUAUAUUGCUGAUUGCUUUAAGAAAAGCAAUAAUGUAUUGUAAAUGAUUUUAUUAAAAUGUAUUUCAAUUGAGUUUUAAUUCUACCAAAUGUUUUUAUUUUUAACAAUUAAAAUGAUUGAAACUUAAUGAUUGAAAUCUGAGUGACUAAAGCAAAAAUGGCAGAAUAUUGUAGGAAACUAGGCCAAAUCUCAUUUGUUUAUAACUUAGCGAAAUUAAACCUGUAAUGUUUUUCUAUUAAGAUGUCCUUAAAUUUUUGGUAUUAAAUUUGAAAGAUUGCCAAGAAAAAAAAUUUUCUAGGUUCCUGGUUGGCCAGUUUAGCAAUUAAGAUAGGUAACCACAUGCGUGUGUACCAAAAUUCCUUGAUAACAUUCAAUUAACACACCAUCUGCAGAUGUAUGCUAUGCAGAGAACUACACUUUUUCUGAAGGGGCAUUACUUAGGCAGUCAAUUUCAGAAGUGUAUUCUUUCUCCUGUAGGGGAAGGUUACCUUGUGAUAAAUUUACUGAUUUUGGUUGUGCGCCUCAUCUGUUACUUGAAUAAUGUUUCGAUAUUUCUUUUGACAUUUCCCUUUGGGUGUUAGUGUAACCCCAUCACACUUGUCUUCUAAUGACUUAGGCCAUUUGGUCCAAUUCCAUCUUAUCCCAAUGUGUCCUAUUUCCUUGCAGUAUUACAUUUCAAGUGCCUAUUAAUUCUCAUUCUCCUGUCACUCACCUACACUAGUAGCCAAUUAACUUGUCAUUGCAUCUUUGGAAUGUGCAAAUAUGAUGAUUUAUAAUUGGGGGAAAUCCACUUUGUUCAGGAAUACUUUGCAAAUGCCACAGGUAUCAUUCAAAGUUGACAGUAAACCUGGGCUGCUGUAACUGUGUACUUUGUCAUAGAAGAUUAGAACUUGAAUGUUUGGUGUCCAAGAUCAGAAGGGCUAAUGUAGUUAGGAUUAAUAUUGCCUUCUCUGGGUAAUUAACUAGUGUCAGCUUUGUACUGGAGUAGUUUGUCUUAAUGUAAACUGGAACAUGCCUUCAGCAAUUCAGUUUUUAUGUUUGCAUUGCAUUCAUAUACAGUGGCAUGCAAAAGUUUGGGCACCCCUCGUCAAAUUCUCUGUUACUGUGAAUAGCUAAGCGAGUAAAAGAUGACUGGAUCUCCAAAAGGCAUAAAGUUAAAGGUGACAUGUUUCUUUAAUAUUUUAAGCAAGGUUACUUUUUUAUUCCUUUUACAGUUUCAAAAUAACAAAAAAGGGAAAAGGCUUGAAGCAAAAGUUUGGGCACCCUGCAUGGUCAGUACUAAAUAACACCCCCUUUGGCAAGUAUCACAGCUUGUAAAUGCUUUCUGUAGCCAGCUAAGAGUCUUUCAAUUCUUGUUUGCGGGAUUUUCACCCAUUCUUCCUUGCAAAAGGCUUUAAUUCUGAGAGAUUUCUUGGGCCAUCUUGCAUGCACUGCUCUUUUGAGGUCUAUCCACAGAUUUUCAAUGAUGUCUAGGUUGGGGGACUGUGAGGGCCAUGGCAAAACCUUCAGUUUGCACCUCUUGAAGUAGGCCAUUGUGGAUUUUGAGGUGUGUUUAGGAUCAUUAUCCUGUUUUAGAAGCCAUCCUCUUUUUCAUCUUCAGCUUUUUUUGUUUGCUUCCAGAAUUUGCUGGUAUUUAGUUGAACUCAUUCUUCCCUCUACCAGUGAAAUGUUCCCCAUGCCACUGGCUGCAACACAAGCCCAAAGCAUGAUCGAUCCACCCCCGUGCUUAACAGUUGGAGAGGUGUUCUUUUCAUGAAAUUCUGACCCUUUUUUCUCCAAACAUACCAUUGCUCAUUGCGGCCAAAAAGUUCUAUUUUAACUUAAUCAGUCUACAGGACUUGUUUUCAAAAUGCAUCAGACUUGUUUAGAUGUUCCUUUGCAAACUUCUGAUGCUGAAUUUUGCGGUGGGGACGCAGGAAAGGUUUGCUUCUGAUGACUCUUCCAUAAAGGUCAUAUUUGUGCAGGUGUCGCUGCACAGUAGAACAGUGCACCACCACUCCAGAGUCUGCUAAAUCUUCCUGAAGGUCUUUUGCAGUCAAACGGAGGUUUUGAUUUGCCUUUCUAGCAAUCCUACGAGCAGUUCUCUCGGAAAGUUUUCUUGGUCUUCCAGACCUCAACUUGACCUCUACUGUUCCUGUUAACUGCCAUUUCUUAAUUACAUUACAAACUGAGGAAAUGGCUACCUGAAAACGCUUCGCUAUCUUCUUAGCCUUCUGCUUUGUGGGCAUCAUUUAUUUUAAUUUUUUGAGUGCUAGGCAGCUGCUUAGAGGAGCCCAUGGCUGCUGAUUGUUGGGACGAGGUUUGAAGAGUCAGGGUAUUUAUAAAGCUCUGAAAUUUGCAUCACAUGGCUUUUCCUAAAAAUGACUGUGAACAAGCCAUAGCCCUCAAGCUAAUUAAGGUCUGACACCUUGGUAAAAGUUAUUUGAGAGCUCAAAUCUCUUGGAGUGCCCAAAAUUUGCAUGGUGCUCUUUUCCUUUUUUCCCCCACUCUAAAAUUGUACAAAACAAAAAUAAUACACUAAUCUUGCUUAAAAUGUUGAAAAGAAUGUUUCACCUUUAAUUUUAUGACUUUUGGAGAUCUGUUCAUCUUCUACUUACUUAACUAUUCAUGGUAACACAAAUUUUGACUGGGGUGCCCAAACUUUUGCAUGCCAAUGUAUAGUGUUGAAAAUGUGACUUGUAAUUGUCACAGAUUGUUUCUGCCGUAAAGGGGGCCUCAAAUUACAUGGGUCACUGGUUGCAAAUGUUUCUCCCUUAUUUUUAUUUGCUGCUGAGCUAUGCUAUUAAGGAUGAAGUGUUCCUGAGGAUGGUCAUCCUACCAGUUAUCUAAUUGUUCAUUGUAGGUAAAUGGGAUUUAGAGGCAUGGAAAGAAUUGGACCAGGAUGCAUUGAUAUAUCUUCUUAGCCUGAGCAGUCUUGUUUAAUUAUUUUUUUAUAAUGGAAGCAAAUUAACUUAUUACAAAAUGUUGCAUAUGCUGUGUUUCCUGUAAUAUAGGAACUCAGGCUUUGAGGUAGUUUCAUUAAACAUGAACAUGAAUUUGUAAAUGAGUGCAUCAGAAGUGUGUAUAUAUACUUGGUGAUACUUGUUAAGGAUUUGUUUUCCAGGGGUUCUGAAUCACACAUUUUCUCUUUCAAAACUGUCGUAUAAGUUGGUUUUACGUACAGCUCCCAUAACCUGAAUAUGUAAAAUGAGCUCACAAUUUGAGUAUAGUUCUGAAAAGUUCACUUUCUUUUCUUUCCAUUGAUGCUGAGUGACCAUAAAAGUUUCCUGCAUGGUUUUUUUGAUUAC